UUACAAUGUAUUUUUCAGACAAAUUAAUAUCUGGAAAGAGGGUGAAAGUUUUUAAAGAUGGCGGCGACCAGGCCGGGCAACCCCGAGCGUGGAUGGAACGAUCCACCGAUGUUCAUGUACAGCAAAGAUGGCCAGAAGGCACAGUCGUCACCCAGGAAGAACCCACUCACCCAAAGGGUGGGAAUGCCUCAAAGUCAUGCCAGUUCUAACAUCCAAAAAACAGGAGAUGUUAAACCUGGCCUUCCACAAAUAUUUACACCGAAAGCACCUCCAGUUAAUACAGUCGCUCCCGUGCAAACGUUCAGCACACCACCGACUGUACAGAGUAAGACCUCUCCAGCAAGGUCAGUCGAGGUCAAAGUUCAAGGAGAGGGUCAGUCGGGGUUGCCAGAUGACAUCCUCGACACUACCUUAGCAAAACUGAGAGAUGUUCUGAAGCUAUGUGAGGAGAAAUUAAAGGCUCGUGUGGCAGAGGAUAUCAAGAAAAAACUUGAAGUGCUAAAUGCUGCCUGGUCUGCAGACAAGCUCUGUGCAGAGGUGCAACAGCGAAUGGCCAAAUUAUCAACAGCUCUUGCAGGUAGAGAUUAUGACCGAGCUCACGACGUCCACUUGUCUUUGAUGGUGGACUAUGUAUCUGAGGUCAGCCAGUGGAUGGUUGGGAUCAAACGUCUCAUCAUGGAGGCACGGACGGUACUUCCCCCUCCGACCCCAGCUUUAGAAACAGAAGACAUACAAGCCUAUGAGCAACAAACUGACAACAGUGCAGAGGCAGACAAAGCUGGUACAGGUCCGUCAGAAGAGGCUUCAGCUGCAAACAGCGAGGAUAAUCAAGAGAUACCGAGUGGCGGAGAGGUUUCCCAGGCUGAAACAGGACAAUCGGCAAAGGAGGAACAACACAUUGAACAGGCAUCAAGCCAAGACGAUAAACCUAUACUUGAUGAGUCUAACAACCUGCCUUCUGAUCCUGAUUCCCGACUGGAGAUUAACGAUGCCGAUGAUGAAAGAGAUGCAGCUGGGGAUAACGGCAGACAGGCUUCCCUAGAUGAAACAGGAGAACAGCUGGGAAGGCUGUCAACUGACUUGGCGCAGACUGUGGAGUCGAAAGUGACAAACGCUGUUUGCGCGGACUCAGGAGAGUGAGCCACAACUAGUGGAUCAAAACUGAUCUUAUUGCUCAUAACACUGCAGGAGUUGCAAACCAAAAUUAUAUGGCUUCAAGAUUUAUUUGUCUUAAACUUCAUCAUGUGCUGAUCCCACUUCUGCCACCAUGUAAAAGCUAGUAGGACUUUAAUGGCUGAUCUGGGUUGUAUUUAUGUCGCGGCCAUUACGCAAGACUAUUUGUAGACUGGUCGAUAGAGGGCACUAGACUGGCUUAUUUGGAUAGGCUGAAGUACUUAUAUUUUAUAAUUAUUUUCCUUUAUUGUACAUGCUAUAUGAAUUGUAUUUUGUUCAUGGUUGGAUAUAAAUAAAUGUUAUAUUGAAGGAAAAAAUGUUGCAACCUGACACUGCUUUUUUCUUCAUAUAUCAUCUCAGUGAAGGUCAUUCAUUGCAAAAAAAGAUGAUAAGACGUGAAUCUGGGACUGAGAAACAUUUCCAAGUUUGUUAAGAAAUACUUUUUAAAAAAAUUCUUGACUCUCCGUAGGCUUUGUACACAACCCCUGAAGUGGCAUCAAGUUGCAACAUUUUUUCCGUACUUGAACCAUUUUGUUGAGUUGUCAUGCAAACCAAUGAAGUGCACAUCAAGCGUGUGCACUGGUUCAAAUGCAUGCAACCAAUUUUGAAAACAAUGGAGUCACUCAAACUAACUGAACUAAUUUAAGAUGAAACUGGAUAUUUACGUUAUUUUUAUGUAUUUAUAAAAACUAAGUAAACUUACUAAAGUAACUUUCAAUUUUCAAUGUAAGUGAACACAGCAAACUGCCUUUUCCAUCUGGAGUUUUAAAAAAAAUGGUGUUUUUUUUUUUAAAAGAAAAUUAAGAUUAAAUUUGUUGUAAUUAUAUUAUAAAACCAACAUUUUGGAAUCUAUAUAUCAGAUAAGAUUAUUUUACAGGGUGUUUUAUUAAAUGUACUGAAUCAUGAUUUAUGUGAGGGUCGUUGCACUAAAUGAAUGUAAUAUUACAUUCAAUGAAAGAAAAUUAAUAAACGAAAUUGAGAAAUAAGAAUAAA